CUGAAUCAAAUUAUUCGCCUCAAUUUAUCACAAUUUGGUGCCGUGACUCGGAUAAAGGAAAUCCGGGAGGGAGGCCCCACUAGGGUGAGGCGCCCCACCGCCUUUUGCGGUGGCCCUAAGGGGGGGCUUCCUCCUUGGGCCUUUACCGACGAACCUAAAACUCAGUAGCAAGCAAAGGUACCCCCGUUAAUCUUUGUGCACGAAGAACCGCGGAAGAGUGAACACGCAGGAAGCAAACGGCAGUCAGGACGGCCGAAAAGGGGUGGACUCACGCCAGCCGAGUGAAAGGCCCGGUUGCUACAAAUAACCAGUGGAGAGUGACUAGCCAGCCUGGGAACCUGAAAGUGACUCUUAAGAAAAACUAAUGAACUCUGUGGACAUUAUCCAGAUCAACCAAAAGGGGGAGCAAAAGGGAUACAAUUACAAACUAGCUGAAGACUCUAUAGUGAUUUGUAAUAGGAAAGUUGUGGAGAUUGUUAUUCUUUUGUGUGCUUUAGACUCUAUAGUGACUUGUAAUAGGAAAGUUGUGGAGAUUGUUAUUCUUUUGUGUGCUUUAGACUCUAUAGUGAUUUGUAACAAGGAAGGUUGUGGAGAUCGUUAUCCUUUUGUAAAAUUUGCCAAGAACGGUGGUGGGUCCAUUGCCAGAGGGGAAGACCACCAAUUGGGGUUUGUACUGAGUGCUAAAAACUCAGCAAAAACUAAUUGGAACUGUACUAAGGAUAGGAGAAUUGGAAAAUCGGUGGGUCAGUUUUGGAUCUGAGUGGUGGAAAAUAUUUACCAAGGGAAUAUACCCUGAGUAUUUUUGUUUACUAACGAGCCCACUCCAUUUGCUGCUCAGAUAAUAAAAGGGUGUUGUCAAAAGGAACUGAAGGGGAUUCCUUGCAACCCACUUCUGGUCAAAGAUAAGAACUGGGAACAGUACCAGGCUAGGCAGGAGCAGAAAAGGGGACGCUCAGGCGAGUCCUGCUGCUGCCGAGAAGAUGGUUUACCUCGCGGCUCGAAGCACCCGAGUCGGCGAGCGAGGCAGAGAGGAAAAGGCCAAGUCCCCUCUAAGUGGAACAAUGCUGAAAUGCUCCAACCACUGCCAGCCGAGUACUAGGCUCCCUCAAAGGACCAGUCUAAGUGCCUCCGAAACACCAAGGGAGCAGCAAGCCCAAAAGGGGAAAGCAGGAUGUUACAAAACAAAAACAAGGCUAGGACUCCACCCUUAUUGGCAAAUUAUUAGCUUUCUAUUGCUUUGUCCUAAUGGUGUUUCUGGUCAAGACAAUGCUGAAUGGCUGUGGUCCCAAGCCUUUACCCAAUACACUGGAUCUAUGGGAAGCCAGCCUGAUUUAGAAGGUUUAAAUUUAACAACUCUAGUCAUGCACGAUAACCAGAUAUAUACUAAACAGGAGUGGAGAAGACAAGAGGGGUGGUCACUUCAAGGAACCAUAGGAGAGGAAAUUAAGAUAGGGUGUCGAAUGAUUAACGGGACUACCUACAAUAAAGUUAUCCAAAUCAGUGUAGAUAAUCACAAGCAUUCGAAGGUAUGCAAUCAUCCAAGUGAACUAGACUGUUGGUAUAACUUCACAUUAAGACAAACUGUUGACGUGGUUUGCCUCUGGGCCCACAACACCAUUGGGUUGUCUUUCAAAUUUACAAUAAACGCCAUGGCUAAGCCUUUUACAAACCACUCCAGCAUUCAAGUACACACCAAAAAUAUACCAUUCAAUCUUGAACCCAAGGUUUAUGAAAUCGGCCCAUAUGUCAUAAGAAAUACGGGUCAACAAAAACUGCUCUUUAACCCAGAAUGGUCCCUUAAACGUGUUGAACUGUUAAUGCAAACUAAUAUCUCGGCAGUUCAGCCAGCCUGCUCUCCCUUCCUAAGGUCAUCCUUCGAAGGAUGGACAAAGUGGCUACAAAAACAAGUACAUCUCCGAGGUAGAAUGAGAAGGGAUUUAACCGGGAUGUUAGGAACCGGAUUGGGGGUUUUGAAUGGGAUCGACUCUGAGAUAUUAAUGAACAAAUUAGCUACAGCAACUAACGAUCUGACAAAGUUAAAACAGCCUUUACAGUCUUCUCUACUGGCACUAGGAGAUAAUCAGUGGCAAGUCUCAGAGGUACUGCCAAGAUGGAGAGAUAUUGAGGAUCACGACCAUGACUUAUUGGUAGACAUGUUACAAGUGGCACAAGAGAACAUAUCUUUAGCCCUUAGUUGUAUACAAGCACAAUUAUGGAUACAAUCAACAGCAGCUUUAAUCAUAAGAGAAGGAAGUGAGGGGGUGUUUCCAACUGAAGUACGAAGGGUCGUCUGGGACAAUGCCACAGACUUUGAGAGGAAUUCCCAAUCUUGGUGGACCUUGGUAAAUUUUACCUAUAAUCCCACCACUAACACUGCUACUGCCUUUGUGCUCACUAUACGGAAUGCCAUAAUUCACACUAUACACCCUAUUGUUGCCUUAGGAAUAAGUCAUGAAAAGUCAGUAUUAUACCCCUCAGAACAUAGGGUAUGGGCCUGGAAAAACCGAGGGAAAUGGCAAACCAUUAACCUAGAACCUUGCAUUGCUUGGGAACAGCAGGGAUUUAUCUGUGAGACUAAUUUAAUUAGCACUCAAGACGUAUGCCUUGACACUGACCAAGGCAUUUGCCACUUUGAAAUCCGCCCAGAUCCCAACCCACGAACUGUAUUAGUGUAUAUCGGUAAUGGCUGCGUGUGUUUAAGGACUGUGUGUGCUGUUAUAGAAAUUGAUAAGAACAAGGUCUCCUUAUUUACUAGAAAUCAUUCCAAUUUCUGUAUUUGCAACUUUAUCAAAGUUACUGGGUGUGACUUUAACUACUCAGCACCAGUUGUAUCCCACCAAUUAAUAAAAUCAAACUACACAACAUACAACAAAUUACCACCCACACCCAUUGGAAUGAAUUCAACCCUGGUUAAACAAUUAAUGAAACACCAAGAUCUAAUCAAAAUUAUAGAAGAAAUUCACAAGAAUGGGCAGAAAACUCUCGUGACUGUCCAUCAUGAUAUAACUGAAAUAAACAGAGUCCUGCAGAGAGUAAAAAAAGAUGCAAGUCAUAACUGGUGGGAUGCACUAUUCGGAUGGUCACCAACUGCAACUGGGAUCAUGAACACUUUAAGUCACCCCAUUAUAGUCUUACUAAUUCUAGUCGCUAUAAGUUUAAUAAUGUCCAUUUUAACACUCAUAUGGAAUUGGAGGAUGUUGCAACGUGUGGCUACUUUGACUUCACUCUUUAGAACUCAUGGAAUCUUGCCGAAAGAAAACUGUCCUGAGCGACCCAAAGAGAAGUCGAUUGAGCCGCCAAACUCGGUGGGACGCACCUCCCUCUCAAAAUCUCCCAGGGUCACAGAGACAAAUUCUUUAUCCCGGUUGAGUCCCCAAUUCGGGUAUCGCCUGGACGAGAAACAGCGGCUGGAGCGGCGGGACCGACUCUCGGCGGGGGAGACGUCCCCAGACCAGCAAUCGUCAUGGAGGCCAUCGCGAAGGUCGGAGGAAACGCAGGCAGCGCCGCCGCCCUACCGAACUGAACAUGGCACUGGCGACCAAGGGGAUGGGUGGGGCGCAGAUGCUCUUGGCGGGAAGAGCCUGGAGUUGCGGGUUUUUGCUAAUGUGCAUCCGCGGGAAAAAGAGGAGGAGGAAGGGAGAGAGCGCAUGCUCAGUCCAGGGCCACGGAUUUCCGCAAACGCGCGUGCGCGGGAGAGCGGCAGAGAGCACAUGCCCAAUCGGGAGCCGCGCUCAAUGCUGCUACCAUUUAAGGGAGAGACCCCCCCCUGCGGGAGACAGGGCAAGCCCAGGGGGCAGGAGUGGCACCACCCCCGAAGGGAGAGGCGGGGCCGGAGCCACACAAAAAGGCACCAAAGCCCGGAAGCACGCUGGCAUUCGACGUCUGGCUCUGAGUCCAGCAACAGCAGCUCCGCCAGCUCGGGAGAGCUGGCAGAAGCCGACUGGGACUCAGAAACGGAGAGAGCGGAGCUAACGCGGUUUAAAACAAAAACGAAUAAAGCUUUAAGCCACACCGAAAGGCAAUUACAAUAUGAACCAGCCCAGUUUACCGACUGGGGAAAAAUAAAAAUAGCUUGUGCUGAAUGGGCCCCCUCGGCCGCAGUUUAA